AUGAACGGUCAGAAUAUCCGGAUCCGCCUGAAGGCGUUUGACCACCGUAUUCUCGACGCCUCCACCAAGGAGAUCGUCAAUACGGCCAAGCGGACCGGUGCUCAGGUGCGGGGUCCCGUGCCGCUGCCGACGCGGAUCGAGAAGUACACGGUACUUCGCGGACCGCAUAUCGAUAAGAAAAGCCGCGAUCAGUUCGAGAUGCGUACGCACAAGCGUCUUCUCGACAUCGUGGAUCCGACGCCCCAGACGGUGGACGCGCUGAUGAAGCUCGACCUGGCCGCUGGUGUUGACGUCGAGAUCAAGCUCUAAGGCGGGGUCAAGGGGACACAUCAUGCGUUCUGGAGUGAUCGCUCAGAAAGUGGGCAUGACCCGCAUCUACAACGAUGCGGGCGAGCAUGUUCCAGUCACGGUUUUGCG